AUGCUACCCCCAGGUAAUGACCAUUUUGUAGAGGCUCCCACCCUGAGCUAUCUGGACCACAUGCGGACUCAGACACAUCGGAGAAGCGUGGCAGAAAAAGAGGCUCGUGAAGCCGAGUGGGCAGCCCAGGACGCAGGGGCAGGGGCUCCACAGGCCAGUGUUGAGCCAAUUCCUUUGGACGUGUCAAACACUGAUGAGGAGGUGUUUGACUCAAUCGGCAUGGUGGAAUCAACCACCGAAGUGGGAUCAGAAUCUGAGUAUGAUGACCCCUUUGCCACCGUAGACCAGUCUGAAUUGACUAUGUUGGAUGGGGAUGAAGAGUUAGCAGAGUCAGCUGAGGCCACAAUCGAUUGGGACGAUUACUUAUUCGAGGCAAUCAACCAGUUGGUUCCGGACACGGUCCCAAAGGACUUUGUCAAAAAAAGGCGGAUGCAGGUACCAAGCGAUUCGUGGUAUCCAUUCAAGUCCAAAGAGGUGAUUGGCUCAUUUGACCGGGCCAUCCAACACUGGUGGGAAGAGCUGAUCAGAACCUCAUUUACAGUACUUGAUUGGCUCGCUCAUUGUGGGAUACAUGCACCACAUAAUGUCUCGAGACGUGUAUGCUCUCCUCCGUCUCAUCAUCUCAUUGACCGGUUGUCAACUUCCACACUGGACAACCCUACGAGCUAUCAAAUCCCUAUGUCCACCCUCACCUCGAGUUUUAUCCGGAAGAAUGUCAUGGUCGGGGUAUCUAUCGAUGCACGCAGGAUGUUUGCGAACAAUAAGAAACACUUUUACAUAUUUGAGCCUGCCCAGUUGAUCACCGGGGAAAUUGUGGUGCCAACCUUCAUCUACAAGGAAGGUUUGGAACUGUACGCGAAGUGUGCCAUUCCCGAGAUGGUUGAGGUACCAUGCCAGACCAGCAAACACCUCCAGAUCCACUCUGCAUUGGAAUUUGACUCAGACCUCCUGGUUCCCAUCAAUGUUUCCAAGUUUGCACUAACUUAUGAUGAGAUUGACAUGGGUGCCAACGGAAUGCUCACCUCGUUAUGCUCCAAUCAACUGUGGGCAACCACGCCGCGCCCACUGCCCAACCCCUGGCGUAUUAGAGCUGCUGGGAAGGUGAUCCGUCAUAUGCCGAUAAAUCUUUAUGCAGACGACACCUCCGGAAAUCUUUCCAAACGUUGGAACAAACAUAUCUCAUUUUACUGUACUCUGGCUGGCUUACCACCUCAAUGCGCCAAAAUGCAGUACAACUGCCGUUUUUUGGCCACCUCCAAUCAAGCUGGAGUGUUGGAACUUGCUGAACCAAUUGUGGAUGAGAUUAAUGACAUUGCCACCAAUGGAUCCACUGCAUAUGAUCCUGCUCUUGAGGAGGAUGUCCUGGUGAUGUCCCUCGUGUUAUGCUUUCAGGCCGAUUCCCCAAUGCACGCCGAAGUUACCAACACCUUUGUUCCCAAUGUCUGUCUCAAUCCUUGCCGGAUGUGUUCAUUACACUUGGCCAAGCUGGAUGAUAAGCGGAAGCAAGAUUAUGUCCGGGCAUUUGUUCACAUUAACUCAUCUGGUGAUCAUAGCCCAGUUCCCAGUCGAUCUUGGGAUGAUAUCAAAACACAGACCUAUCAGUUAUGGGAAACGGCUCAGGACGGGGUGAAAUGCCACUUUGAAAAUGGCGAGAAGGAGCGAGGAAUCCGGGAUACAACCAAUCGAGCCUUUGUUGAAAUCAUUCAAGACAAGACCUGCCCUGAACUCCACAAUGAUGUCAAGGCCCUAGCCGAAAAGGAUGUUGAACGCUUGUUCAAUUCUAUGUUGAAAUUGAAAGGUUUUGAUGGCUGCAAGGACACUCCUGUCGAAAUUCUUCAUGUCUUCCUCCUGGGAGUAGUCAAAUACAUGACCCAUGACUUCAUGAAAAGUUUGAAACCACCUCAACUCGUGGAGGUAUUGGCUGCCUGGCAGGCGUUCAAUGUCAACUCCCUCAACAUCGAAUCCAUCCAAUCCAAAUAUCUAUCUUCCCAUUUCCGGUCGUUGGUAGGGAAAGACUUCAAAAUCAUUCUGCAGACUGCGCCCUUUGUUCUGUACCGCUUCAUGAACGAGAGUCAAAUUACCUGGUGGAAUUCACUUUUGACGCUCGCAACUUAUAUCUUUGAAACUCGAAUAAAUAACAUGUCCGAGUAUUUACAUGACUUAAAGAAACACAUCAACAUAUUUCUAUGCCAUUCGAUCCGCAGAUCUGCGCAAUGGGUGAACAAGCCCAAAUUCCACAUGCUGUUACACCUCCCGGAAUCAAUUGAGCGUUUUGGACCAGCAUGCCUUUUCUCCACAGAAAACUUUGAAAGCUUCAAUAGCGUAUUGCGAACAGCUUCGGUUCAUUCCAAUCGUUCAAGUCCUGGGCGAGAUCUGGGCCUGCGUUUCUUAAACUUUGAUGCCCUGCGUUUGAUACUAUCUCGUGCCAGAAUCUGUAACCGUCAAACGAAUAAACAGUUCUACGCUGCCGAAUGUGUCUCACAAAUUUUCAGCCAAAACUGUCUGAUUCAGAAAUCAAUGGGUUAUAAUCGUUGUCUAUUGGGCUCCUCAUCGUCAUUCCCUACUCAAAUCCCAACGCCCCUGACCAAAGCCGAGAAAGUACCGAUCCCCGAAUAUUUCAAUCAAUUUCCUCAUUCACAAGUCUCCCAAGUCAGCCAGCUCCGGUUGAGCGACAAGGAUGUGUUGCGGAAAGGCUUCUUCUGUGUCCUCACCCCCGGUGGCGAUUCAUCGAAGCAGGUCAUUGGACGCGCUGAGUCCUUGUGGCAAAUUAAACAACCCCAUCGCACAAGAUUUGUGAUCAAUCUGACACAUUUUUGUAAGAAAGGCAUCAGUCGAUUCUACAGAAUGAGGAUUCUCGAGAAAACUGGCAGCCAUGAUUAUUACUCGGUCAGCGACAUUAAAGCAUGUCUCAACAUCCAGCACGACUGCAACUCAGGAAGAUGUCAAAUCAUUCCAAACAAUGGAUCUGAUUCCAAAAAGGGUGAAGGUGCCCCCCCGGCCAACAUCCUUGUUCAUUCAGAUGAUAAACAGUUUAUACUAAAUUCGGCUUCAUUGCACUCAGUUGUAGCUCAUCGACAGCUGGCAUCCUUUCACUUGGAGCCAAUAUCACCGUUGACUUGGAAGAGCGCCAUUGCCGAAGGGAUGAAGGAAUGGGCUUCCAGCACCAAAGCACGUCAGACGCAGAAAGAGGCAGCGGCAAGUAAGAUUGCUGCAGUUGUGGAAGCUUAA